UCUUCACCUGUGCCACAUACCAUACAGUUUGGGAUUAAUUUUGCCUUACAGGCUCUACGUAGGGUGAAAAAUACACAAAAAUAAAAUCUCGCGAGAAGAGCACCGGUGGCGCGAAUAAACAAGGAUUUUGUCAAGAAAAUUAUGUCGGACGCUUUGUCUGUUGACGGCAGCGACAUCAGCCAAGAUGACAGUCAGGAGGAUGUUAUGACUCCGGCAGAGCUGAUAGCUAAACUGGAAGAAGCUUGGCUGAAUGAGAAGUUCUCGCCGGAGCUGUUGGAGAACAAGUCGGAGGUGGUGGAGUGUGUGAUGGAGCAACUGACUCACAUGGAAGCCAACCUGCAGAGGGUCAAGAAAGGUGACGCGAAGGCCAGCAUCCAUCGCAUGGAAAUAGACAGGAUUCGCUUUGUGCUCAGCAGCUACUUGCGCUCUCGUCUGCAGAAGAUUGAGAGGUUUUUCCCUCAUGUCCUGGAGAGAGAAAAGUCUCGAGCAGCAGGAGAUCCUUCACUGCUUUCACCUGAGGAGUUUGCCUUUGCCAAAGAGUAUUAUGCUAACACAGAAACCUACCUGAAGGCUGUAGCAAUGAAGCGCAUGCCUCCCAACCUGCAGACCGUGGACAUGCUCAAAGCAGUGCCCGAGCCCUGCUUGGACUCUUUUGUGUUUCUGCGUGUGAAGGAGAGACAGGAAAACAUCUUGGUUGAGCCUGAAACAGAUGAUCAGAGAGAGUACGUUGUGGAUCUUGAAGAGGGCUCUCAGCAUCUGAUGCGGUAUCGCACCAUAGCACCACUUGUUUCAAGUGGAGCCGUGCAGUUAAUAUGAAUGUGAAGCUACGUCUGUUGGUGUGGAUGCGAUUGGCUUCUGGCGGUCAGAAAAUGAGCGACGCUUUAUUUGUAAUAUUGCGGUAAUGAGGAACAUCAACCUGCAGAGAUCACAUCUGGAAAUGCACCCAUCUGUCUCACUGUUGUCAGGAUGAAGGACCAAUUUGUGGGACGCAAACACAGAUGUUUGUGGCAGCAUGUGUGCAAGUCAUUACUGGUAUUGUGAGAAGUGCCUGCUGACGAAUGAACCCUGUUCACCAAAGCAGCUUUUGCAGUGCUGCAACAUUAUUUUUGGAUCUUUUUAAUCAUGUCACAGCAUAAGUUUGGUUACAUAAUUGUAUAAUGUAUUCUGGUGUGUUGGUGUAUGUGAGGCUUGUAAAUACAAAUCUAGUUACUUUAUCCAGAUGACUCACAUUUAUUGGCCUUUUUCCUCUGCGGCUCAGUAAACAGAUGCAUCAGUUGACUCUGAUCACUUUCAAAAUGUUUACCAUCCCAAGGUGCGUGAGUCAGUGUGCCUGUGCGUUUCUUUCGGUUUCUGUAUUUUAGUGAUGUUUCACACCUUAAUUAAUAUGUUUUACUUUAAUUAAAAAUAAUAGAAAUCCUGUUAA